AGAGAUGAGAGGAGAGAAACGAAUUUGAUCCACAACAAAAUAGUGAGCCUGUCUCUUCUAAUCGUACAGUCUGUUUUCCACUGCGGCGCUGAUUCUGUUUCUUUUAUCGCGAAUUAGUCCGUGUUUGUUUUGCAUAUUUAUUUGUGUCAUCUGGGUAUUUACGGCUAACAGAACAUCCGUAAGAAGAGCAAGCACAAACAUUUUCCGCCCGUAAAAUUUGAUAUUAUAUGAAUGCCGUCGAUUUUUUCCAGAAAGAAUGUCUGGCCAGCAUUACUGCUUACGAUGGAACAAUUAUCAAAGCAAUAUGACCUCGGUUUUUCACCAGCUGUUAGAAAAUGAAGCCUUUGUCGACGUUACGCUGGCAUGUAACGAUCUCUCUUUAAAGGCGCACAAAGUAGUCUUGUCAGCUUGUUCGUCGUAUUUCCAAAAGCUGUUAUUAGAAAAUCCCUGCAAGCAUCCGACGAUCAUAAUGCCUCAAGAUGUUUGUUACUCGGACCUUAAAUUUAUCAUUGAGUUCGUCUACAGAGGGGAAAUCGACGUUUCGCAGGCUGAACUUCAGUCACUUUUGCGAACCGCCGACCAAUUAAAGAUCAAAGGACUGUGCGAAUCACCUGACGACAAAGAUCUGAAAGCCGGUUCGCCACAGCCCCAGCCCAUAGCCCUUUGUUCCAAGCCAGGCAGGAAGUCUUCCUCUCCAAAACAAUUCAAAUUGCACGACAAUAAGAGAAAACGUAAAUUGUUUAGGAGAACUAUUAACAAUAACAAUCGACCUGGCGACAGUUCGGAUUUUGAAGAUAAGGAAAACAUUGAUGAAGGUGCGUCGAGCAACGAAGAAAAUGACAUGCCAGUAGCUUUGGAUGAACACAAAAAGAAACGGCUAGAGCCAGAGCAGACGAAACCCCUAAACAUGAGCAGUCAUGGAUUACUUACGGGACAGACUAUCUUCUCCCAGUUCGGCGUGGACACCGACGACUUCCCCCCGGAGCCGCCGGCGCCUUCGGCCAUCCCAGUUGGCCACGUCGACAUGCAAGAUCACUCGCCAACCAGGACCCUUCUCACCAACGCCAUCCAUCGGACAGAUAUAUCGGACAACACCAAGUACACGUUGGACAUCAAGAAAGAGGCCGACAUCAAGUUCGAGACGUUGCGAUCCUUCGAGUCGGACUCGUUGCUCGAGAUGGACUCGCACAUGUCCGGACCGGAUCACUCGAUGGACAGUCACGAGGACGGGGAACGCGGAUACAGUUCCAUGAUGGUGACGCCGGACUUCGUCGGAAUGAUGCCAGGUGUAUCGAAUAGAUUAGAUUUAAGUAAUAAUGACGAUGUACCUGGAAGCAAAAACAACGGCCACUCGGAUGGAAUGCAUCAUCCGCGUUCCCACGGUGGCGGCCCGAAGACCUGGACGCAAGAAGACAUGGACUUGGCCUUGGACGCCUUAAGAAACCACAACAUGAGUCUGACGAAAGCAUCUGCGACUUACGGUAUUCCCUCCACUACAUUAUGGCAAAGAGCACAUAGAUUAGGAAUAGACACACCAAAGAAAGAAGGCCCGACCAAAUCGUGGACUGAGGAAAACCUUAACAGCGCUUUGGAAGCCCUUCGCACUGGAACCAUUUCCGCAAAUAAGGCUAGUAAGGCCUACGGAAUUCCCAGCAGCACUCUUUAUAAAAUAGCGAGACGAGAAGGAAUAAGACUGGCAGCCCCAUUUAACGCGGCCCCCACAACCUGGACUCCCGAAGAUUUAGAAAAGGCCUUAGAAUCGAUUAGAACCGGUCAAACGUCGGUGCAAAAGGCGUCAACCGAAUUUGGCAUUCCUACAGGAACUUUGUAUGGCAGAUGUAAGCGAGAAGGCAUCGAAUUGUCCAGAUCGAACCCCACACCUUGGUCAGAGGACGCUAUGGGAGAAGCCCUUGAAGCCGUAAGAUUAGGUCACAUGUCCAUUAACCAGGCCGCAAUUCAUUAUAAUUUACCGUACUCGUCUUUGUAUGGUAGGUUCAAAAGGGGCAUAAAAUAUGAUUCGGAUAAUAUCGAGAUCAGUCAGGACAGCCAAUCGCAAAUAGAUCAAACAUUCCCUAUGGAUUAUGCAAACAGUCACCAACAGAUUCAGUAUCAGAAUCAAGCAAACAGCUGAGACACAUCCUUCAACUUUGACUGCUUUUAACAAUAACUUUAUUUAAACAGUCGAUUAUUUGAUGCUAUAAAAAGGGUUUUUACUUAAGUUUAUUGUUAAUUCGAAAAAUACGUACCUAAUUAAUUUUUGUUGUAUUUUAGGCUAGUCCAAACUUGUUUUAAAAUAUUAUAUUUUCAAAUAAGUAAUAAACCCAAUUAUAGUACAAAUUUAGUCAUGUUUAAAAGCAAUCAAAGUGGAAGGGCAAAAUAAAUAAUAAUAUUAAAGAAUUAUCAGGGAGAUAGUUCAUAAUAUACAUAAGCUAAAUUUUAUAAUUACCAAGCUAGGCUGUUGUGCUAAAAUACUUUAAAAGGGAAUUUAAAAUAGUUAAUAUUUAAUUUUUUAAGGAUACCUACGUAAUAGUACUAAUAUAACUACUAUUUUUAUCUUAUGUUCAACAUUUUUUUUUUAUUUUUAAAUAUGGUAAUUUAAGUUUAUUAAUGUUUAAAAACCCACAUACAAAAGUUGUGUUUAUUAAAUCAGUACGAUCCUUCAGAAC